AUGGAAAGUCAAAACAAUGUGACUGAGUUUAUUCUUUUGGGACUUUCCAAUGACCCGCUGCUCAAGAUUUUCCUCUUCCUGGUAUUUUUAGUUAUUUACUUAUUUACGCUGGUGGGGAAUAUGGUGAUCAUGCUGGCAAUAAGGACUGAUUCUCAGCUUAAUUCACCCAUGUACUUCUUCCUCUUCUGCCUGUCCUUCCUCGAUAUCUUCUACUCCUCUGUCACCAUCCCCAAGAUGCUGGAGAACUUCCUAUCAAAGCGGAAAACUAUUUCAGUCUAUGGCUGCUUUGCACAGAUUUUCCUUAUUAUAUUGUCAGGGUGUACUGAAGGAUUCAUGCUUUCAGUGAUGGCUUAUGACCGACACGCUGCCAUAUGUGAUCCACUGCACUAUGUGAACAUCAUGAACAAGCGAGUCUGCCGUCAGCUGGUGGCUGGUGCAUGGACAAUGAGUUUUUUCUUUGCACUUGUCAACACUCUUUUUCUAUUAAAUGUAAAUUUUUGCAGACCAAAUGAAGUCAAUCAUUUCAUCUGUGAGCUCCCUUCACUGCUAGCUCUGUCUUGCACCAAGACCUUCAUCAAUGAAGUGGUUCUUCUUACAUCCGUUGUGAUAUUUGGAUUGAGCUCCUUCAUCCCCAUUUUGGUCUCUUAUAUUCACAUCAUCUCCACCAUCCUGAGGAUACACUCCGCAGAAGGCAGGAGUAAAGCCUUCUCCACUUGCAGCUCCCAUCUCACUGUGGUGUGUUUAUUGUACCUGGCGGCUCUCUUCCAAUAUAUGAAACCCAAUGCAGCACCCUCUGUGAUUCUAAAUGAACUCUUCUCCAUCCAGUACAGCAUCUUAACUCCCAUGUUAAACCCCAUCAUUUACAGCCUGAAAAAUAAAGAAGUGAAAAUGGCUCUGUGGAAAAUAUACUCAAAAGAAGGAAGCCUGUUAAACAAACAGUGGGACCACCGAGAACACAGUGCUAAAGUAGCACUCAAGGAGGAUGAGGACAUUGCUGAGAAACCAAAUGAAUUAUUUGCACCGGUCUUUACAGAGAUCUGGUACACCACUUCUACUAUGCCCAAGAUGCUAGGGACUGCUUUUUGUGCCGUGAGGGAAAUCUCCUUCUUGGACUGCAUUGUCCAGUUUUAUUUCUUUGGUUCCAUGGCCUUCACUGAAUGUAAACUCCUUGUGGUGAUGCCUUAUGACUGA